ACUCCGCGGCCCUCUUCCUCCCUGGAACGCCCCGGGGGCGGGACUCGGGGGCCGCGCAGGCCCAGUGCAGCCGCUCCGCGCCUGCGCAGCGGAGCAGCUGAAGGAGGCGGGGGAUUGGUAUCCGAGCGAAUGUGUGAGGGGAGGAGGUGUCCGGGCCGAGCGUGGUACUACGACGGGCGCGGGCCGGAGGGGGCGGGGGGAUGCGCCGCGGCGGCGGCGGCGCGGGCGCUGGGACUGGUGUUUGGAGGCGCCAGAGCAGCGGAUCCCGGUCUCGCUGCCGCAGCAGCGCGGGUGUCGCGCGCGGCCUGAAGACGCCGUACCUUUUUGCUCCUCACCUUUUUUUUUUUUUUUUAAAUAACCGGAACCAAUGAACGCAGCCGGGACCCAAGCUCCAGAGGCCGCCGGUGCCGACGGGACCAGACUGGCGCCCGGCAGGAGCUCGCGUCUGGGGUGGCGGGGGCGGCCCGAGGAAUCACAGGCGGCGGCGGCGCCUCUCGAAGCGGACGAGUGGCCGGCGGCCGGGGCGCCGCCGCGCUUUCCCCCCGCUCCUCCUCCUCGUCCUCAUCCCGCCACGACGUCCGGCCCGGCCUCGGGCUGGCUGCGGCGGCGGCUCUGGGCUCCGCUGCUGGUGCUCGGGCUGCUGGUGGCCGGCGCGGCGGACGGAUGCGAGCUGGUGCCCAGACACCUCCCUGGACGGCGGGCGGCGGGCUCUGCUGCGGCGGCCGCCUCCCCUGCCGCUGCCGCGGCGGCGGCGGCGGGCGACAGCUCGGUGCUCAUGACAGAUCCGUGCAUGUCACUGAGUCCACCAUGCUUCACAGAAGAAGAUAGAUUUAGUCUGGAAGCCCUUCAAACAAUACAUAAACAAAUGGAUGAUGACAAAGAUGGUGGAAUCGAAGUAGAUGAAAGUGAUGAAUUUAUCAGAGAAGAUAUGAAAUAUAAAGAUGCCACUAAUAAACACAGCCAUCUGCACAGAGAAGAUAAGCACAUAACUGUUGAGGAUUUAUGGAAACAGUGGAAAACAUCAGAAGUUCAUAAUUGGACCCUUGAGGACACACUUCAAUGGUUGAUAGAAUUUGUUGAACUACCCCAAUAUGAGAAGAAUUUUAGAGACAACAAUGUCAAAGGAACAACGCUUCCCAGGAUAGCAGUGCAUGAAUUUUCAUUUAUGAUCUCUCAGUUGAAAAUCAGCGACCGGAGUCAUAGACAAAAACUUCAGCUCAAGGCACUGGAUGUGGUUUUGUUCGGACCUCUAACACGCCCUCCUCAUAACUGGAUGAAGGAUUUUAUCCUUACAGUUUCUAUAGUAAUUGGUGUUGGAGGAUGUUGGUUUGCUUAUACGCAGAAUAAGACAUCAAAAGAGCAUGUUGCAAAAAUGAUGAAAGACUUAGAGAGUCUACAAACUGCAGAGCAAAGUCUAAUGGACUUACAAGAGAGGCUUGAAAAGGCACAGGAAGAAAACAGAAAUGUUGCCGUAGAAAAGCAAAAUCUGGAGCGCAAAAUGAUGGAUGAAAUCAAUUAUGCAAAGGAAGAAGCUUGUCGACUGAGAGAGCUGAGGGAGGGAGCUGAAUGUGAGCUGAGUAGACGUCAGUAUGCAGAGCAGGAAUUGGAACAGGUUCGAAUGGCUCUAAAAAAGGCGGAAAAAGAAUUUGAACUCAGAAGCAGCUGGUCUGUUCCAGAUGCACUUCAAAAAUGGCUUCAGCUAACACAUGAAGUGGAAGUCCAGUACUACAAUAUAAAAAGACAGAAUGCUGAAAUGCAGCUAGCUAUUGCUAAGGAUGAGGUUGCUGCUUCAUAUCUGAUUCAGGCAGAGAAAAUUAAAAAGAAGAGGAGCACAGUCUUUGGAACUCUGCAUGUUGCACAUAGCUCCUCCUUAGAUGAGGUAGACCACAAAAUUCUGGAAGCAAAGAAAGCUCUUUCUGAGUUGACAACUUGUUUACGAGAACGACUUUUUCGCUGGCAACAGAUAGAGAAGAUCUGUGGCUUUCAGAUAGCCCAUAACUCGGGACUCCCCAGCCUCACCUCUUCCCUUUAUUGUGAUCACAGCUGGGUGGUGAUGCCCAGAGUCUCCAUUCCACCCUAUCCCAUAGCUGGAGGAGUAGAUGAUUUAGAUGAAGAUACACCCCCAAUAGUGUCACAGUUUCCCGGGACCAUGGCUAAACCCGCUGCAUCACUGGCCAGAAGCAGCAGCUUGUGUCGCUCCCGCCGCAGCAUCAUGCCGUCCUCCCCCCAGUCUCAGCGAGCUCAGCUUCCUGCACACACUCCUCAUCCGUCACACCCGCGGCACCCCCACCAUCCGCCACACACGCAGCACUCGUUGCCUUCGCCUGAUCCAGAUAUCCUCUCAGUGUCAAGUUGCCCUGCUCUUUAUCGAAAUGAAGAGGAGGAGGAGGCCAUCUACUUCUCUGCAGAAAAGCAAUGGGAAGUGCCAGACACAGCUUCAGAAUGUGACUCCUUAAAUUCUUCCAUUGGGAGGAAACAGUCUCCUCCUUCAAGCCUUGAGAUAUACCAAACAUUGUCUCCUCGAAAAAUAUCGAGAGAUGAGCUCUCUCUAGAGGAUUCAUCGCGAGGAGAUUCGCCCAUAACUGCAGACAUCUCGCGGGGUUCUCCUGAUUGCGUGGGUCUGACGGAAACUAAGAGCAUGAUCUUCAGUCCGGCCAGCAAAGUAUACAAUGGCAUCCUGGAAAAAUCGUGUAGCAUGAACCAGCUCUCCAGUGGCAUCCCCGUGCCUAAACCUCGCCAUACGUCGUGUUCCUCCGCGGGCAACGACAGCAAGCCAGUGCAGGAAGCCCCGAGUGUUGCCAGGAUAAGCAGCAUCCCACAUGACCUUUGCCAUAAUGGAGAGAAAAGCAAAAAGCCAUCAAAAAUUAAAAGCCUUUUUAAGAAGAAAUCUAAGUGAACUGGCUUGGCUGACUUGGUGUAAUUCCAUUCAAGUGACAUCUUUAAACUUUUAUCUCCCAUCCUUCACUCCCCCUUUUUUGUUUUAAUUUUAGGAAUGUAACUCCGUUGAGGCUUUCCAGACUGGAUGCCAUAGUGGAAUGUCCUUAAGGGCAACUGUCUACUGUCUGCUUAUUUAAAUGACUAUAUAAUCAAUAUGUCAAGCCAGUUAUUACUGAAAAAUCAUUAAGAGAUGAGACAGUUUACAGUCGUUUUUGCCUAUUUAUUUCUGCUUUGUUAUUAGUGAUGUAUAUACACAUUUUGUUGAAAGCCACUAUGGACUUACAAGCUUUAAUGGACUAGUAAGCCAGCAUGGGCUUGCAAAAAUUUCUUGUUUACCAGAGCAUCUUCUUAUCUUUCCACAGAGCUAUUUACAUCCUGGACUGAAAACUUUAAAGGAGUAAAACUAAUUGCACUACUGUUUUCCAGACUGGAAAAAAAUCCCUGCAAGUGAAACUGUAUAGAGUUUAUAAAAUGACUACGGAUAGGGGACUGUUUUCACUUUUAGAUCAAAAUGGGUUUUUAAGUAGAACCUAGAAUUUCUAAUUGACUUGAUUUCUGGAAAUGAAAACCCAUGCUUUUAUUAUGGGACGCUUCUUUAAAUGCAUUUAACAUUGUAAGUUUCAAGUCCUGCUGUAAAGAUCAUGUUGUUUUGUUUAUCCCAGGGCUUUCACUGUGAUUUUCUGCAUUGCAGGCUGUAUGAUAAAAUAUAAAUAAUUUAAAGAGAGAAGGCUUUUAAUUCCUUACACAAGUAGAAAAGUUAAAAAACUUGAUUGACGGACUUAAAACAUUCACAAGCAUAUACUGAGGUGGGGGAAUGUGGGAAUUCAGGCACUUGUUUACAGACUUAAUAACUGCAAAGGAUUUAUGGUUUGUGAAAAACUUGUACUGUGGAAAAGAUAAUAAAUCUCAGACAUUAUUGUGUGGGACUGUGCUGAUUUUUGUUGAUAACACUCCACUAAGAACACUAUAUGUUUUCUGGAGAGCUGUGUAAACUGUCUUCUUGCUUAAUUGCAAUAUAAGAAAUAGUGAUGUUUUGAAAGCAAGUUGUCAACAAAUUUCUUUCUAUUUUAUAUUGUUUGUCAUAUUUUUAUGUAGUUUGAAAUGUUUAAAUGUUCUAAUAUCAAGAUUAACAAAUAUAAAUUUAUGGUGCAUUUA